GUAUCUUCAACCAGGAGGUACGAAAAAGGCCGAAUGCGAACAUUGUUGCUGCCGAUUAUGUGAUCAGUUCCAGCAGCUCAUGCUGUAGCCGUCUAAUAUACCUGCAUGAAUCAUUUGUCCCUAAGUUACCCAUUAUUUGAUAAACGCGCUUCUGGUUGUGCACUUGAUGAUCACUAAUUAAUAACGUCGACGCACCUCGCCCGAUUGCCCAUUUACACUUGAAAAGGACUCCUGUAUAUCUCUAUGGAGAAAAGAAGAGCGAAGGAACAGAUUAAGCAGGUAGAUGCACGUUCGUCACGCAUAGGCAGGCACAGACCUGAUUUCGCCUCGAGCUGCUUUGGCGCGUUCCUUUACCAACAUUAACGUCGCGUUCUCUGACAUAACUCUCUAUCGGCUGCAAACAGCAUUUGAUUUUAGUAUUAUCGGGUUAUCAAAACCGGGGCGCACUUGGAAAUAGAAAGAAUGGUACGUUUGUGGUCCUCUCUCUACCCUCCAGAACUCCUGAAACGAACUCAAUGUGAGACUUCAAGUUCGGUGACCGCUGAGGAUUCAGAUUAAUUAUAAGUAAGCCAAUAGCUGAGCUCCCGACGAUCCAGCAUAUGGACAAAACUUCAGAGACUGAAGUGUUGUUGUAGUUUGUGAAACGACGGGUGUUUUUGGCCGUGCAGUGGAUAGUUCAGCUAGCAAAUUGUCGGAGAAGUGAAACGUUCCAAAUUUGUUGAAAGACUGACCGUGCGCGUAGCAGUAUUUUAGUGAAAAGUAGUGUUCCUUUUAUUGUGCAUUAGUACUAAGCCUGUUGAAGUACGACAGAAUGACGGAGCUCCAGGAAAUAAUAGACUGGGGACCCACGUUAGCUUUUGCUCUUGCGAUUAUGUUCAUUAUCAACGUGGUCACAGUGGUCUACAUAUUUGUUAGAAAGGACACAAAGCUCCUAGCGGUUAUAUCUGCGGUGCUGUAUUUCUAUGCAACUUGCAAUCUCGUCGUGUUUUUUGUGGUGUGGCAAGUCCUCAAUCUCUACGACUACACUGGACAUCUUCUAAAUCAGGUAUCAUACCAUUCGAUUAACGAACAAUUGUUCAGGGCGCUACGAAUCUCCAGCUACGAAUGCCGAGUGAAGUUCAUCUGCGAAAUGUCCCGUCUGAUUACAUCAAAGAGUGACGCACUCAGCUCGUUUCUUCGUUUUGUGCAUACAACCUUUGGAGGUUUCGAUGGCGACUAUAUCAGUGGUGCGCUUGAGGGCUUAACCGGAUCCGACUGUUCAAGUGUCUAUACGAGAUGCACCUAUUCUCCGCUAAACAAGACGUUCCCGUUUUUGUUAGAGAAGUUCUAGUGGCUUCUAUUUCAGUGUUGACGGCGAUCCGUUAUCAAAGCUGCCUUCAAACUUGAUAGCAUCCACACUCAAUGCUAGAACGUGUUACGACUGUAUAAGCAAUACGGUAAUAGCAUUAACGAUCAAAUAUUGUAUGCUUACAUACGAUAUACAUCAAUCAACAGCUUGUCAAUAAACGACUAUGAGCGAGAACUGUUGUCAAUAACAACAAUGGCAAUAUGACAACCGUUACUCCUUGUUAACGAUUCCACUAAUAACUCUCUUAGAAUUACCGGCAGUACUUUCGAUAAUCAGAAUCAAAUCUACAAUGGACGCCAUAAUCAUUAUGGUAGUAAUAUACAACUUUUGCAAACGGAAGAGAACACGGUUGCCAUUUAUCCAUGUGUCAUUAAUUCACAUUGUGUUAGGGCUUUCACCUGCGCGGAAUGAAGAUGGAGUUGAAGUGGCUUAAGCCCAUCUAUUUACAAUGUGUGUUUGUAAAGCUCAUUGACACUGUAUCCCAACAAAACUUACCUAAACAGUCCUAUACCUUAGCAGCAGGAACUGAGAGUUGCUAUUGUUUGAUACUGUAUAGAUCCUCAAACCAUAGGUAACUAUGAUUUGAUAUGUGAAUCAUUACUAAUUUCUUAAGUGGAUAUAUGCUUUUUGUUUUCAGUUUGAUAAGCACAUGCUGCCUUUGAAGUAUAUACAUCAACUGUCAAAUAUGGAAAUGUCCUAAAAUAGGUUUAGACUGAGACACAGAAGGACCUCGUUAUAUCGACAUAGCUUUCUCACAAUGAAAUACUCAAUAAAAAAGAAACAAAUUUUUUAUUUUUUCUAAAAAAGGUUUCUAUAGCAUGAAGGCAAUUUCACUGAAUCGAAAUACAGGUAUGACUAUUUAUAUAUCAUUACUAUUACCGUUCGCGGACACAUUGAAGAGUCGCAAUAUCCUCUAAUGAGGGCUGCUCGGAAAUACGCUUAUACAACUUAUUAUAGAAAAAGCAUGAACCUAUUAGAAAAUAGCGCAAGGCCACGAUAUUCCAGUAACACAGAAGGCCAUGUACAUUCAGCUGCAGAAAUGUACGAGCGAAUACGACAAGUUCGUUUACAAGACGGGAUCAGGCCAAGUGUCGUUUACCUUGCGAAAAUCUAGCUUCAUCUAAUAAAAAGUAUUUUGAAAUUAAACUCUAUUCUAUACUAGGAUGCAUUUUUUUUAAAUGAUCCUACAGAGCACCAUUUCCUUAUGCGCACCUAGUCAAAUCACGUAAAUUAAAAUAUAUUCUUUUCUGUAACGUUCAUGUUACCACUUACGUGGCGGCAUAGGUUUUAUCCGGGUGCUACCGGGGUUACUUACUCACGUGUUCAACUCUGUGGAACACAGACGGAUACCAAUCCAGCCGUAGCAAUUGGUUAAAUAACCCAAUUAUAGUUAAGAUGCCAAGGUGUAGUAACUCAGUGUUCAAGCGCAUUUGUCUUAUUCGAUUGAACUAGUCUUUCUCCAAGAUGCGCAAUCUGCACAAAGUAAGUACUUUUUUUCGAU